CGGGCUCCCGGCUCCCGGCUCCCGGCUCCCACCUCCCCGGCUCCCGGGCAGUGGCUGCAGGCGGCGGCGCGAUGUACUUGCGCAGGGCGGUCUCCAAAUCCCUGGCUCUGCCUCUGCGGGCGCCCCCCGGCCCCGCGCCCCUCCGCAAGGACCCAUCACUUCGCUGGAUGUCAUCUAACAAGUUUCCUGGGCCACCUGGGUCCAACAUGCUCUACUAUGUGCUGGUGGGGGUCACGGUCAGCGCUGGUGGAUACUGUACCUUCAAGGCCAUCACCUCAGACCAAGCCAAGCACCCUGUGCACAUGACCAGUCUGAAAGAAAAAGCCAGAGCAGAGCUACAUCUGCAUCAAGGUGAAGAAGAGAAGGGGGCGGAGGCCGACGAGGCACCUUUGGAAGCCCCUGAAGAGAAGGGGGAGGAGGCCGACGAGAGGCCGACGAGGCACAUCUGGAAGCCCCUGAAGCAGCUGUCAUGCGAGCAGAGGUGGCACAGGCUGCAGAAGACCCAGAGGCAGCAGGGGCUGUCGCAGAAGAGGCCAGUCUGGGUCCCAGGGUGGCGGCAGCAGGCGAGCAGGUGGAGGAGCAGGUGGGGCAGCUCAGCGCCGACCCUGAGCCCGAGGCUCCCCACACGGUGCAGGGAGAAGCCCCGGAAGUGAGCCCUGGCCUCACCUGCGAGGGCCCAGAGGCAGCCCCUGAGGAAGCCCCAGCCCUCAGGGAUGAGCCAGGCACUCCGGAGAACACAGGCCCUGGGGAAGGUUCGGCACCAGACCAGGAGGAGGACACGCCCGGGGAGCUGGGACCCUCCGGGGAGGCCUUGCCCAGAGAAACCGCCACCCUGGGCUCUGAAGCCGCCUCAGAGCAAGGCUGACUUGGGCUGGCCGACUCCAGCAGGAACGUCACCCAGUGUCUCAUAGGUGCUUUUGCAUUGUUAGAGAUCUUAGGAUUUUAUUUUCCCCUUUCUUUUUCUUUCUAUUUGACUUCACAGGACAGAGAGAAACUGAGAGGGGAAGGGGAAAUAGAGAGGGAGAGAGACACCUGUAGACCUGUUGCACCUGUCCUCAAGAGUCCCCCCUGCGGGUGGGGAGCGGGGGCUGGAACCUGAGUUCUUGUCCUGGGGACACGUGUGUUCCAUCUUCUCUCAAGGCUUCUUUUGUAGAAAACUCCUGUGUGCUUUGAAGAUUGGGGGCAUCUGCUGAUAGAUUUCAGGGCUGAGAGAUUUAGGAGAUUUGACAGCUUGAGUUGAUCUGACUCUGAGGUCAGAAUAUGGCAUUGCGGUCAGAGCUCAGCAGGUCCCGGGGGCUGGGAUCUUAUUUCGGAGGCGUCCGGCAACCUUUCCGGCAACCUGUGUCCACCUUCAUUCUGCUGUGCCUCUACCGUUAAAGUAAGCAAGUCAGGCAAUGUGAGGUUUUAUCUGAACUCAUUUAAAUAAAAUUGGAAAAUCUUUA